CAAUAAAUAUCAAACUUUUUCAUGGUUCAAAAAUGGCGUUUCUUGAAUAAACUAUUCUAUAGUGAAACACAAUUCUUGAAAUUUCCCAUUCUCACGGAAAGAAAAACUAUUAAACAAUCAAGUUUGCAGAUUGAUAUUUUACUCCCGAGAUGACUGGUUGAUCUUUAAAUCGGUCAGUUACACGCGAAGAAAGUGCAAGUUUGUAAAAGUAAAAAAAAAUUUACGCCCUCGGCAAAAAUGUAAACAUACCUUUUUUGGAGCGACAUUUUUCACAAAAUUGAGGUUAUGUGAGUGCUGUGCUUUGUAAUUUGUUUCUGUAAACUUCAAGUGUAAUAUUUAUUAUUGUUAUUUACGAAAAGAGUCUAAUGUUUCGGUGUUCAUUGUUCGUGGUCAUAAUAUUAAUUAGCGAAGAGUCUCACCGAACACCUGUCAAUGAAAAAAAUUCUUGUCCUCUGUAUCCGCGAGUUAAAUAACAAAAAGUGAAGUGUAAUUAUUGCAAUUUUGUAAAAUAUUGUUCAGAAUGCUGGUGAAAUCUAUUUUGUGGACGUGUAAAGUCGUAAAGUGACAAAACGUGUUGUGUUACUUGUUUCUUUGAUGUGGAAACGCCAACUAUAUAAAAGUCAUGAAUUUGUUUGUCAUGAUUUUUUGACUUGAGAGUGUACUUUUGGACUGCGUUGUGAUUACUCGUCUAAAAUUUGGGCAUUGAAAAAGAAAAAGGAAGAAAAUGCAGACGGAACAACUUCGACCGGAACAGCUGGUGGGUCUGGUGGCCCGAUCAGCCGAAGGUACAGCAGCAAAGGGAAUGCCCAUCAAAGGCCAUGAAGACCUGUGGGUGGAAAUUCAGGCCACGACAUUCAGAAAUUGGGUGAACGAGCACCUGAAACAGGCUGGUGAUGCCGGGGGUGGACCAGUUCUGGACCUAGCCGAGGAUUUCAGGGACGGCACAAGAUUGUGUGCCCUAGUUGAAGUUCUCACCAAAAGACGUCUUCCUAGAUGGAAUCCCAGACCUGCUAAUCAACAUCAUCACCUGGAAAAUGUUUCCACUGCACUGCAGGCUGUUGAGGCUGAUGGCGUCAAGCUUGUCAACAUCGGUAACGUGGACAUCGUUAAUGGGAACUUGAAGUUAAUCUUAGGCCUAAUAUGGUCUCUCAUUGUCAGAUACCAAAUAGGCAAGUCCAAGUUCCCGCCAAGGAAACUUAUGCUCGCAUGGCUCAAGGCCGUUCUGCCAGAGUGCAGAGUGAACAACUUUACGACAGACUGGAAUUCUGGUGUAUACUUGAGCGCACUCCUGGACUAUUGCAAACCUGGCCUCUUUCCUCAUUGGCGCCAACUUGACCCUAAUGACAGCGUCUAUAAUUGCCGCAAAGCAAUGGAAAUAGCAAAGAGGGAAUUCGAUAUUCCUGCGGUAUUAGAACCAGAAUAUCUAGCCUCUCCGUAUUUGGACGAAUUGUCAGGAAUGACAUAUCUAUCCUACUUUAUGAAAGAAGGAUCGCCUGGAUUUUACGCUACUUUGCGGUGGGUAAAUUCUCAGCUGCCUCAUGCUCCAGUUCGGAAUUUCACAACUGAUUGGAAUGAUGGAAGAGCCUUGUGCGGAAUCGUCAGAAACUUAGGAGGACCUGCUCCUCCUUACGACAAACUCGAUCCAAAUCCUUCUUCCUGGGAACAAAAUUUACAAUUGGGUAUCGACAGUGGGAAAAAGCUGGGGGUGGAACCUAUCCUGAAAGCGAAAGACAUGGCUGAUCAGAAUGUGGAGCAUUUGGGAGUAAUGGCUUAUGCAGCAUACUUUCAGUGGCUGAAGCCUCGCCCUCAAGCCAGCGAGCAAAUUGCUGUGCACAUAGAGAGUACUUCCGCAAGAGUGCAGCAGCCGGCACAUUUUAGAUUAGAGAUGCUGUCAAAGGACGUUACUCCACGAGAGAUUCGUGCCGAAAUAGUGAGUCCAAGUGGAAGAGUGGAAUGUCGCUUGACAUGGAAUGGUACCCACGGAAAAGGAACUUUUGUGCCAACGGAAGUUGGCAUGCACAAGUUAAUGGUUUAUAAUGACGGAGAGCUGGUUAACGGAUGCCCCUAUUAUUUCAGAGUAUUACCGCCCUUAACCAAAAUCAAAUCACCUGGCAUGGAUCCCUGCGCCAUUGGGUCCAUUGUCGAGGUUCUAGUCAAUAGUUACGGAACUAGUCAUGAUGGCAUUGAUGUGACGGCAUGGUCUCCGACAGAAAGACCGCUUCCUUGCCCUGUAAAAGAACACGAUGGGGUUCACACUGCUACAUUUCAACCAGACGAAACAGGAGAAUGGAGUAUUGCCAUAACUCACAAAGGAAAUCACAUUCAAGGAGGACCAUUCACAUGUUUUGUGUUUGACCCUAAUGGAGUUAAGCUCCUAGAUACGGACGGAGCAAUGCCAGGUCAGCCUUUUUCAUUUACCGUCGAUGCAACAGGAACCGGCGGAUUGGGUGACAUAAUCAUAGAUAUAGUGCAUGACAAGCAGUCGAUUCCAUAUCGAAUCGAGGAUAUCGGACGCAUGCGAUAUCGAAUAUCCCUUGUGCCACGCGAUGCUGGAAAAUACCGAGUCUACGUAUACUUCAACGGCUCUGACGUUCGUGGUUCUCCAUUCUCACUUCGUGUUGGCACACAAAAAGGAUCCAAAAGAUCAAAGGAAUCGACAUCGAGUCUAGAAAGGUCGAAAGUAUCAUCCCUCGAGAGGAGAAUGAACGGAAUCAAUGUUUCGUCGACGGAACGGUCUAGUCCAGUCCAGAAGACCUAUUCGUCACCAACUUAUAAAUCUCCAAGUCCCACCCACUCACCUUUUAACAAAAGUAGUUCCAGUAGCUUCGAAAAUUCGAGUUCUUAUCAUCAUACUUCGAGUUCUCUGAACAACUCUCGAUCUUCCCAUAAUCAGCAUUCUCCGCGGAACUUAAACAGUCCUUCGAUCAUCCGAGAGACGAGGGAGAAGGAGAUUUAUUCAUCUACUUAUAAUCGCAGUUCGCCGAAUAUCAGCAACUCCUCGAUAAGGAAUACCCAGAGUCCGAGUUUGAUUAAGGAGUCGAAAGAUAUUUAUUCCUCGACUUCGGUGAACAGAUCUCGAUCACCGAAUCCAAGUCCAAUUAGCAAGGUCCCGAAUAGUCCGACGAUUAAGGAGUCGAGGGAUGUUUAUCAGACGGGAUCUUUGAAUCGUUCGACGAAUAGUCAGACGAUUAAGGAAUCGAAGGAUAUUUACCAAUCGGGAUCUUUGAAUCGAUCGAGGUCGCCGACGAGAAGUCCAAUGACGUUUGGAAAUCCGCAGAGUCCGGUAAAGAGGAGUUUCAGUCCGAGGACUGGAGAGAAGGAUCCUCUGAGCAACAGAAGAGGAUCUGUGGAGAGUGCAGUUGUUGAUACGAGCAGCAAUGUCAAAGUCUCCUCAAUGAUAGGCGGAACAUCUCGACGCGAUUCAUGGGAUGCUAUCGCCAAAACAAAAUCGCUUCUCUCUUAUGGAAGCCUCGAAUCUUUAGCCAAUUUGACUGGCAAUGGAGCAACAACAGAACAUUCAAGCAGCACAAAUUACGUCAACAACAACUACCGAAAUGGGAAUGCCAUCGUUCAUCAAAACUCUUCAUCGAAUUUUAGUACGACGCAAAAAUUUACAACCACUGAAUACGGUACAACCCAAAAAUACAGCAGCGAGAGCCAAAACGGACGGGCUCAGACUCACGGAAUUUUAAAGAACAAGAAUAAUAAUCAUUACAAGAGUGUAGACACCAUCGAUUCCGCACACGAGAGAUACACUCAGAAUAGUCAGAAUGGAGUUUCAGCAUUUAGAACGGUUUCUGGCAAAAAUUCUCUUGUUGUUGGGAAUGCACUCGAGAUUUUGCCGGUUCAUAAACCAACGACAUUUACUUUGGAUCAGAGUCUUGAUUCUAAUAAUGUCAGUGUCUCAGUCACAGGACCACAUGGUAAGUCUGUCGCAGUUCAAAAAUCGACACUGCGUGGUCUGACUUACACCAUUACUGCUGAGGAAGUUGGGGAACAUAUUAUUCAGGUUCUCGUAAAUGGACAGCAUAUCAAGGGAUCCCCAUUUAGGUCUCAAGCUUAUAACGCUAAGGCUAUUCAAGUGGGAAACAUCCCGGAUGGAGUGAUUAAUCAACCAGUCGAAUUUGAAAUCGAUGGUUCCAGAGCUGGUUCAGGAAAUUUAGAAAUCCUCGUUAACGGCGGUCAUGUCACGAGUUUCGUAAGAGCACUAGGUAGUCAGCGAUUUUUGGCAUCGUUCGUACCUCACGAAGCAGUUACACAUUUGGUUGAAAUGACUUUUAAUGGCGAUACGGUAGCUGGAUCACCUUGGCGAGUAGGAAUCAUGCCUGGCCCUAAAAUGUCAGUAGUUGGUGACUCUGUCAGGCUGGUUCCUGCGGGAAGUCCCGCGUUAUUCGAACUCUCGGCCCUUGGCUUCAGUAGCAAUGAAAUCGACGUGCAGAUUACAACGCCAUCAAAGCGACAUAUUACUGCACGAAUUGACGAAGAGCCAGGGCGGGCAGGAGAGUUUCGCGUUGAGUUCACUCCGACCGAGGUUGGAAGUCACCUGGUGGAAGUGAGCAUCGCGGGACAAAAGCUACCGGCAGGACCUCUCGUCGCCAAAGUUUACAAUAGCAAUCUCAUCCAAGUAACUGACGUACCUAGUGCUGUAGUGGGACAUGCCUGCCAAUUUAGAGUGGACGCAAGUGCCGCUGGAGAAGGUCAAUUAGAAAUCUCAAUAAAUGAAGGAGAGGUUCCUAACCACGUGCAAGUAGUAGGAGGAGGUCGUUGUCUUGUUUCCUUCACGCCUGAUGUUGCCAAGCCUCAUUAUAUCGAUAUCAAAUUCAACGGAGAAGCCGUUCCUGGGUGUCCUUUUAUCUGCAAUGUAUCCGAUACGAGCAGAGUUACUCUCAGCUUAAACCAUCUAGAGUUGAUACCGGUAGAUCAACCCGCCAGCUUUCAUAUGGCUGUCGAUGGAAGUGGUAGCGCCGAACUUGCGGUUUCCGUAAGAGGACCAAUUAUGGAAUUGCCUGUCAAAGUGACAGGGAAUAUUCACAGUGGCUUCACCGCAGAAUUUACACCAAGAGAUGUUGGUGUACAUUCGAUUAGUGUAGAGUACAAUGGUCACCCGGUGAACGGUACACCGUUUUUGGCCAAAGCAUUUAACGCUGAUAAGGUCCUAAUUGGAUCCGUUGCGAGGGGCAAUGUUGGACAACCAACGCAUUUCAGUGUUGAUGCAAGUCAGGCUGGAGAAGGAAAUUUAGAAAUAACGAUAGCGGCACGUGGACAAAACAUACCUACUCAAGUGACGCCGCAAGGCAAUGCACGAUUCUCAGUCAGUUUCGUGCCAUUUGAGGCAUGCGAACACAUUAUAAAUAUCGCCUUUAAUAAAAGAACUGUGCCUGGCUGUCCGAUUAUUACGAGAGUGGGUGGUGAUAGCCAUGUUACAGUAAGUGGGCAGGCAUUAAGCAGUGCUGGGUUAGGACGGCAAAGUUAUCUUACCGUCAGUAAUGUUGCCGGUAGCUUGGAAGAUUUAGAAGUUAACGUUGAAGGACCCAAUGGACAGGCUGUACCAGCUCAAGUCACCGACAAUAAAGAUACAACCUGCACAGUAGCAUUCACACCCAGAGUUGUUGGAGAACAUAAAAUAUCUGUGAGCCACAGAAACGUUCCCGUGGUCGGUAGUCCCUUUAGCUGCAAAGUCUACGACGUCGCUGCUAUCAGAGUUAAGGAUUCAAAACGAGGAGUAAUUGGGAUGCCAGUCACCUUUUUAGUGGAAACGAGUCAAGCAGGACCAGGAAAUUUAGAAGUAACAGUAAAUGGAGGUCGAGUUCCAACUUCUGCUCAGGCGCAGGGUCCCCACACCUAUGCAAUAUCCUUUACACCUCGAGAACCAAUUUCACAUACUGUGGAUUUACGUUUUAAUGGCGAGGAUGUUCCAGGCAGUCCCUUCAGUUGCCAGGUGAGCGAUUCAGCGAGAGUUCUAAUUACGGAAGGACUCGAAAAGGUAUCAGUAGAUCGUGUCGCCACAUUUACUAUUGAGGCUGAUCCUUCACUGGGCACCCCCGCAAUAGAAGUUCUUUCGCCUACGAGAGAAAGUAUACCUGUUCAAAUCAAACAGAUGGGUCACGGUUCUUACACUGCUGGUUUUACACCUAGAGAUGUCGGUGACCACAGCGUGGAAGUUAAAUUGAGCGGCUCGCACGUUGAGGGCAGCCCUUUCCUCGUAAAAGCUUACAAUGCAGACAAAGUAAAAGUCACUGACAUCAACAGUGGACUUGUUGGAAAGCCUGUAUUUUUCAGCAUCAACGCAAGUCAAGCAGGAGCUGGAAACCUAGAAAUUAUUGUGGCAGUAAAUGGGAAGAAUGUACCAAAUUAUGUACAAAGUGAAGGAAACGCGAAGUUUAGGGUCAAUUUCAAGCCACAAGAAGCAGCCAUGCACAGCCUUAGUGUUCGAUUUAAUGGCGAACCCGUACCAGGAUCCCCGUUUAGUUGCAAAGUGGUUGGAGCAGGUCAAGCCUUAAUAACUGGUCACAAUUUAAAAAUGGGAGCCGUAAAACGGUUAAUAGCCUUCACAGUUGAUCCGCAAACCGCAUCGAUGAACUGUGAUGUGAUCGUUACACCUCCAUCGAAUAUAGCACUUCCUAUUACGAUUGAGCCAAUCGAUGGAAAGUAUAAUAUCAGUUUCAUGCCGACGGAAGUGGGAAGACAUAACGUCAGUGUUUUAAUCGAUGGAGAACCCAUAAAAGGAUCCUCGUUUGCUUGCAACAUCUACGAUGUUACAAAAGUUCAUGUAUCCGGUCUUUCGGAAGCUUUGCUUGGACAGGCGACGACAUUCACGGUGGAUGCUGCGGAAGCUGGAGAAGGAACUUUGGAAUUGGUAGUCAGCACUGAGAAUAAUACUGUCAAGGCUGAAGUUGUUGCAUGUGCUCGGGGGCUGUAUGAUGUGACCUUUGUCCCGCAAACAACGAGCACCCAUUAUGUUAACAUCAGUUUUAAUGAUGACAAUGUCCCAGGAAGUCCAUUUAAAUGUCGAGUUAUCAGCAGCGCACUCGAUGGACCUUCAAUGAUCAGAGUGGGAAACACUGCUUACAUGGAUUUGGAUAUGCCAGGACUCGUUGGUCCAGUAUCUGCAGAAGUUACAAGUCCAGAUGGCAUUAUAAUACCAUCUGCUUUGAACAAGCUCUCUCCAAACCUCUUCAGAGUUGAAAUUAGAACGAGACAAGUUGGAACCUACAAUGUAGUAUUUAGCGACGGCCAAAAAAUGAUUAGUUCUCAGACUCUGCAAGUUUUCGACCCAACCAAAGUCACAAUAAAAGAAAUAUCAGAUACUGUUUGCCAUCGUCCUGGAACAAUUUUAGCUGUUGCUUCGAAGGAGGCCGGUCCUGGCAAAUUGAGCGUGAAUGUCCGAGCAGGAGGAGCCGAUGUUGAUAGUUUAGUUAGAGAAAGAGAAAACGGAGUUUACGAAGUUAUUUUCCAUCCAACACGAGCUGCGCCUCAUCGAGUUCAUAUCAAAUACAAUGACGUUCAUAUUCAAGGCAGUCCACUUGAAGUUGCAGUACGAGGUCCAACUGGCGGGAGAGAAGUUACAGCCACAGGGUUAGGAUUAUAUCAAUCUUGUGUGGGAAAAGUAACUUCGUUCACUAUCGAAACAUUAGGACGCCCCGGAAAAGAAUUUGAUGUCGUGAUUAGUGGACCGCAAGGAAACGCGGUUCCUGUGAGAUGCUACCAACACAGAGAUGGAAACUUAUUAGCCGAAUUCACAACUAAUUCGACUGGAACCUACAAAAUUGACGUUUUACAAGGAGCGAAACCAGUAUUGGGUUCACCUUUUUUCUGCCAGGCCUUCGACCCCAAUAAAGUAAAACUGCAAGAACUGGGACCAACUACAGUAGCUGUCCACGAUCACGUUGCAUUUAAAAUGAUUAAAACAGAUGCUGGAAUGGCGGAAUUGGAUGUCACGGCGACAAGUCCAUUAGGACAGGAACUUCCGCUUCAAGUCACACCGCUUAAUGACGGCGCGGAAAUGAUUGAAUUUUCGCCAAGUGUUCCUGGUACAUAUAUGAUCAACGUAACUUAUGGUGGUUGUGCCAUUCCGGGCAGUCCGGUAAUUUGUACAGUAGAAGCGGUCGGACAAGCUCGAGCUAAAGGCGAAGGUUUACUCACUGGUCUCGUUGGAAAACCUGCUCAUUUCGUUGUAACUGGCACACGAAGUCCACCAGCCGUACAGGUUGACGGUCCAGAUAGCAUAUCGAAAGCAACAAUCGAGGCCGGGGCAAAUCCUGGGACUUGGAACGUAUCCUACACCCCAACGGAAGUGGGAGUUUUCGAUGUUAGGGUUGUUUGUGCUGGACAGCAAUUACCAGGUUCACCUUGGCAUCCAAAGAUCAUUGAUACAAGAAAUCUUCGAGUCAUAGGCGGUUGGUCAGCAUUGUGUGACGAACUGGGACGUUUGAAGAUUCAACCUUCGAACAAAAUAAGCUUUGAUACUGCUGAAGCCGGUCCUGGUGAACUGAGUGGAAAAGUCGGGGACCAUCCCUUGUCUUUUGAAAUGAAUUCCAAUAACAGGCUCAAACUGGUAACGCCCCAAUUAAAUGGUGGAGAACAUCGCUUGGAAAUAUUAUUCAAUGGCGUUCCCUUCCCAGGAGCUCCAAAGCUCGCAGUCGUCCAGGAUGGAGAGCCUCCGUUACAGGACACAAGCAGAGUAAUGUUGAGAGGUCGAGGUUUAACAUCAGCAAAAUGUGGAGAGGAAGUCAGUUUUACGAUUGAUGGUUCUCAAGCCGGAAACGGAACACCUAAAGUUCAACUUUUUUCACCAACAACCGAAGUUGCAGUCAAUUUACAACACUUAGGAGAUAGCGUCUACCGAGCGAGUUACGUACCACUUACAGCGGAUUCGCUUUUAAUGACAGUAUCUUGGAAUGGAAGGCAAUUAAAAGGAUGCCCUUUGCAAGUUAAUGUUACGAGUGCGGCGGACGCGUCACGUGUAGUUUGUUCUGGAGAGGGUCUAAAACAGGGCAUAGUCGGACAGGAAAUAAGAAGUUUCAUCGACACGAGGAGGGCUGGACCUGGUGAGUUAACGGCGCACUGCGAUGGACCUCAUAAAGUGGCAUAUUGUGAACUUUACGAUCAUGGGGAUGCGACAUUUACGUUGAAUGUCAAGCCUCAGGAAGCAGGAAGGCACUCACUGACCAUUAAAUACGCCGGCGAACAUGUAACUGGUUCACCGUUCACUUUAAGAGUUUCUGGAGCACCUGAUGCCUCUAAAGUUCGUGUUUAUGGGCCGGGAAUAGAACAUGGUGUCCUAGCAACAUUCCAAUCACGAUUUAUUUGCGAUACUAGAGGUGCAGGUGCAGGACAACUAACUGUGAGGGUUCGAGGACCGAAAGGAGCUUUCAGGGUGGAGAUGCAGAGAGAAACUCAAAAGGAUCGAAUUAUUUUGUGUCGAUUCGAUCCCACGGAACCUGGCGAUUAUAGAGUGGAAGUAAGAUGGGCUGGUGUACUCGUACCUGGAUCGCCAUUCCCUGUUAAAAUCGUCGACACGCAGGACGAACUAUUAUUACUCACACAGGGUGGAGACACUUACUCAACGAGCCAUCAUACUUUGACAUCGUGGCGUGGUUCUCAAGCAAUAUUAUAGGAACCAAGCAUAAAAAUGUUAUUACUUUAUAAGAACUAAUAAUAGAAUAUUUUAUUUUAUAUAUAUUAUUAUAACUUAUAUAAGCGUUUCG